AUGAAGGAGGAGACGCAAACGAACUACCACCUUUCUGUGAAAAAUGUGAAUUUCUUCAAAAGUGCCUUGGCCCUUUUAAGCGUAGAUGAUAAUAAAAGUAACUCGGCCGUAAGGAGGAGUACAGGCAACCAGGGGGAGGUGGACAGUUGUAUUUUGUUUAAUCUGUUUGGUGAUGGGUUAAUGUUGAGGAGCUGGUCUAGGUGCAAACAAAUAUAUUGCUUUCUGUUCCUCGACUCGGACUGCUUUACUAGCCACAGCAUUUUGCAUCAGCGGGAGGAGAGGCGCAGGCAGAGCAUGCAUGGGGAGGAGCGGCUUGUGGAGAGGCGUCGUAGAAGACCAAGUGAUAGCUCCACAGGAGGGACGAAUGACCCAUGUGGGAGUCAUCCUUCAAGUGCCUUGUCCGAAGGUGCAUGCAGCAGAAGCCACACCCCCAGGGAGAAACGUUCCAUACAUGACUAUACAAAUGCGUGUAUGGGGGAGGACAGCCACGAGGACGAUACGAAUAGUGUAAACUCAGACCAUUUAUACACUACCCAUGCCAUAAACAUGGAGAGCAAUAAUUUAAUUAAACUGAAGACAGUGUCUCCACUAAAGGUGAAACCUGCUCACAGUAAUAAAACAGAAGAUGACAAUGAGGACGAAUAUUUUAUUAGAAAAAAAAUAUAUGAACAAAUUGAUGAGGAUAAAAAAAAAAAAAAAAAAAAUAUGGAAUUUCUCGUCUGCCAAUACGAAUUACUCAGAGCAGUAGAAUUCUUAGACCCUGUCCUUUUAAACAUUAAAUUUGAUUACAAUAAUCGCAAGUUAAUUGUUCACCUGACUGAUGAAGAUGGAGACACAUCUGAGACUUCUGUGAGAAUCAUUGUUGACCAUUAUUAUGAAAUAAGCAAAUUAGAAAAAUACACCUUUCUCCACAAUGAUUACAAUUUCUUUUGCAUGCAGUCCACCACUUUUUCUUUUUACCUGGACUACUUAAUUAAGAGCAGCGAUGAGUACAUUACUUUUUAUAUAACAGAAUAUAACAACGAUAGUACUGCGGUACUUAAAAUGGAAACGAAAAAUAAAAAUUACCAACGGUCCGUUCAGCUCAUGCCCAAGGAGAACUUCCACGAUUUUAAAAGCGAAAAAAGUCAAAUAUUCAAGUACCGAAUAAAAGACUUGUCAAGGAUUAACCAGGCACUCAAAAUAAGUUCCCACCUCAGAAUGGAUUUCCAGGAGAACGGACUGCUGCGCUUUCAGUUUACCCUCAAGUGA